AUGAGUCAAGCCGUUAUUAUCCAAGGGCCAAUUCUGGAGAUUGCGUGUUUCAAUCAAGAAUCAGCCGUAGUUGCUGCGAAAGCAGGAGCAGAUCGUAUCGAAUUAUGCAAGGACUACCAUCUCGGUGGCCUAUCGGCGGAUACAGAGAUCCUCGAAAAAUUGAAAUCACUGCUCACAAUACCGAUAUAUACGAUGAUUCGGCCACAUGCGGAAGGCUUUUAUUAUGGAGAAUUCGAAUUCGAGGCAAUGAAACGAACGCUCAAUUCCCUCAAGUCCUAUGGGGCUGACGGUUUCGUUUUCGGGAUUUUAAAUCGACCCCCACAAAAGCCUUGCGAUCCAAAUGUGUCGUGGGUCGAUGUAUCCCGUAAUAAGCAGCUUGUCCAAUUAGCCGACGGGCGGCCAUGCACAUUUCAUCGCGCUUUUGAUCUCAUUCCCGAAUCCCACUGGGAGAACGCAUUGGCCGAUAUCAUGGAGUGUGGCUUUGCAUCGAUCUUAACCAACGGUGGUCCUUCCGGAACAAAAGCAACAGAAUGUGUUGAUAAGCUGCACAUUUUAGUACGUUAUAUAACGCAACUACAAGGUGAAAGUGGACUUCAAACCAACAGAGUUCCAGAAAUCAUUGUUGGAGGAGGUGUGAGGGCAUCAAAUAUAGGCUUGCUCCGCAACAUCACUGGUGCCGAGGCCUUCCAUUCCGCUGCUCUUUUGGCCUCGGAAGAGGUGGCCUGCGCAGAUGAGGUAUUUAAGAUGAAAGAGAUAAUUCGGGCAUCGAAGGCAGGUGAAAAAGCGAAAUAA